AUGGUCAUUGUCGAGGAGAAGUGCAUGCAAUCUGUUCCACCCCCUCCUUAUUUCCCUAAUGCCAGUACUCUACCACCACCCCCAUUCCCUGGUGAACAUCAUGGAGCAGCGAAGCCAUCUGACCUACCUCCCCACCUAUUAUUGAAGAUCGUGUAUAUGACGUUUCCGCAAACGCCUGGGGUUGACGAGGGAAAGAUCGAACGGCAGAGAAAGACACUUUGUUGGCUCUCCACACAACUCCGGUCGGUUAAUCGGUCGUUUUACAUUGCGUGUGAGCAUGUGCUGCGCUCCACAUAUUUACCCGCAUACAAUUCGAUGAUACGCCCUCCCUACUCAUCUGAUCCAUUCCCAUUUUCUUCCUCGGCUUCUACUUCCUCUUGUGAUACUCUGCAACGAGAGACCAAAGUCCUCGACCUCUUCAUCGCACUCAAGGUCCACGAAGAUGUUAUGGUCGAUGACUCAUCGCUUCACCUCGAGCGAGAGGAUUCGUUCAAAGACCUUUUCGACCUUAUGCAACCGCGCAGCCGGCUAGAAGACCUCGUUCGACACUACGGUGUCCGCGAGGGAGUUGUCCAUACAAACCCAUAUGGAGCGAACGCCUCGUCUUCAUCGUCCAGCAUGUUCAGGGUGAAUAACAGCGGAAUUGGAUCUGCGAGCACGAGCAAGCGGACAUCAGACAUUGCGCCAGUGCCAUUCAGCGCGCUGUCUAUUUCGUUCUCGCCAAGGCGGGUUGGCCUCGUGUUAACAGCUUCAGGAAGGAAACGGACAAUUGUGGAUGUAGCACGGACGAGAGAUGAGAAGCUAGAGGUUACCGCAAAGAAACUUGCGUUGCAACUAAAGGCUUGGCUCAGCGAUGGUUCAAGAUAA